AUGCAAGACGAUAGUAAAAUCCCACUUGUUAUUGUUGCCUGUGGUUCUUAUUCACCCAUUACAUAUUUACAUUUAAGAAUGUUUGAAAUGGCAAGAGAUCACUUUAAUGAACGCGAGGGGUAUGAAUUAAUUGCUGGAUAUUUUUCACCUGUGUCGGAUGCGUAUAUGAAGGAAGGUUUGGCCAAAGCCAGUCACCGUGUUAAAAUGUGUCAACUGGCAGUGGAUAGUACAUCAGAUUGGCUAAUGGUGGAUUCUUGGGAAUCAAGGCAAUCCAUGUAUCAAAGAACCGCAGUUGUUUUGGAUCAUUUUGAUUAUGAACUGAAUGGAGUGGGUGGUGGUGAGGUUAAAAAGAUCAAAAUCAUGUUACUUGCAGGUGGUGAUUUAAUGGCCUCUUUUGGUCAUCCUGGUGUCUGGACAUCGGAGGAUUUACAUCAUAUUGUCGGUAGAUACGGCUGUGUUAUAAUUGAAAGAACUGGUACAGAUGUGUACGGCUUUUUACUCUCGCAUGAUAUUUUAUAUCAGCAUAGGAUGAAUGUUUUAAUUAUCAAACAAUUAAUUCACAAUGACAUUAGUUCAACUAAAAUAAGAUUGUUCGUGAAGAGAGGAAUGUCUAUUAAAUACUUGCUGCCUAAUCCAGUUAUAGACUAUAUUUCUCAUCAUAGAUUAUAUUUGCCUAAGCAAAUAUAA